AUGUCAGCUCCAAUCAGAGUCGCCAUUCUAGACGACUACCAAGACAUCGCAACCGCCAAGUUCGCACAUCUAGUAAACAGCAACAAAAUCUCUUUGAGUCGAUUCCCUCAAACCCUCAACAUCCGCAAUGCCGAUGACCGAGAAGCUCAAAUCAAGCGACUGCAGUCGUUUGAGGUCAUUUCGACAAUGAGGGAACGCAGUCUCUUCAAUGCCGAUUUGAUCGGUUCAUUGCCCAAUUUGAAAUUAUUGUUGACCACCGGCCCGCGCAACUUUGCGAUUGAUCAUGAAUUCGCCGCGACAAAAGGGAUCGUCGUCGCGGGGACACAUCGAACAGCACAGGACGGCGCAGCAGGUGGCGGCGCAGGACCCGAUCCAACUACGCAACAAACCUGGGCCCUCAUCCUGGGGUUGUCGAAACAUAUUGCCCGCGACGAUAUUGCGCUCAAAUCCGACAAGAACUAUUGGCAAGGAGACAGUCUUGCCAUUCACCUUCCCGGGAAGACGCUGGGACUUGUCGGGUUGGGGAGACUGGGGACUGCCUCCGCAAAGAUAGCGAUUUUGGCGUUUGGAAUGAAAGUUGUUGCGUGGAGUUCGAGUUUGACUCAGGAAAAGGCCGACGAAGCCGCGUCCAGUAUUGGGUUGCCGGCUGGAAGUAUUUCGGUUGCUGCAUCGAAGUUGGAUCUAUUAAGGCAGGCGGAUAUAGUGUCGCUGCAUUAUGUACUUUCGGAUCGGAGUCGGGGGUUGAUUGGCCGCGAGGAACUGGCUGCUAUGAAGCCUACUGCACUACUUAUAAACACCUCUCGCGGACCAUUGAUUGAUGAAGAGGCGCUGCUCGAGACGCUCAAGGCGGGUAAGAUUCGUGGUGCGGCGCUGGAUGUGUUUGAUAUUGAGCCAUUACCGGCAGAGAGUGAAUGGAGGACGACAGAGUGGGGGAGGAAUGGACGUAGUGAAGUGCUGCUUUCGCCGCAUAUGGGGUAUGGUGUUGAGGAGUAUAUUGGAAGGAUGUAUGAUCAGAAUGUGGAUAAUUUGGAGAGGUAUUUGGAGGGGAGGGAGUUGUUGUCACGAUUUAACUAG